CUCCUGGCCAAAACGCCCGUGCUCCUUCAGUGCGCUUCAUUCAGAUGGAUAACUUCAGGAACAUGGCUCUGCCAAGCACUUCACUUUUACUGAUUGUUCUUCAAAUGUGCGCUCUUGCGUGGCAAGCUUGGGCGCAAGUGGAUCUGAGGAUGGAAGACACCGUGGAGGUUUACAUGGACGAUUCUGCAGAGAUUCCCUGCCUGUAUACAUUCACCCAGGCGCCCAUGAUGGUGAUGGUGCAGUGGUUUGUGCGGGAACGUGACGGUGUUCGGGUGAGGAUCUCCUACAGUGACCUGACCAUGCAGAAGGUGGACGAGAACACGACCUACAGUGAGCGCAUCAGUGUGCGAUCAAACAGCGACGGAGAAACUCUGACCAUUCAGGACGUUAAACUGUCAGACGAAAGAGAGUUUUUCUGUCAGGUCAGCGGAUUUUCAGCAGGAAGUGAUGAGCGCAGGACUCUUUUGAAGGUUUUUGAUCCUCCAGAGCCUCCGGCUAUUGAAGGCGCUCUCUCUGGUGUUUCUGUGUCUGGUGAAUCCACAGCUAAGAUUGCGUCUUGUGAGACCAGAGAUGGGUAUCCCAAGCCAAACAUCACAUGGUACCGUGAUCACAUCCCAAUUCACCCUGCUAAUGGCUUGGUGAACGUGGUAACACUGGUGACGAGGGAAUCCAGUGGUCUAUACACAGUGCAGAGUGAUUUGCAUUAUAAGGUGACCAAAGAAGACAAAGAUGCCCACUUUUCCUGUGAAGUCAGUUAUUUUGUCCCGGGAGCUGUCAGGACAUCUGAGUCCAAAGGCGUCAAUAUUACAGUUUACUAUCCCACGAGUAGUGUGGAAAUGUGGAAGGAGUCUCCUAAGGGCCUUGUCAAAGAGGGGGACACAGUGGAGAUCCACUGCCAAGGCGAUGGUAACCCCCCAGCACCCAUCAUUUUCAACAGAGAACAAUCAGACGUGGAGCUGGACUCAAAUGAGGGGCUGCUGGUGCUGAAGGAGGUGUCUCGUGUGGACAGCGGUGUGUAUGAAUGUCACGCUCUGGAUCUGGACGCUGUGAACAAUGAUGAGGUGCUGGACACCCUGCAGCUCAUCGUACACUAUCUGGACCCAGCUGUGGUGGUGCCCAAAGACUCAGAGGUCAUGCUGAAAGGAGAGAGUCUGACCGCCACCUGCAAUGCCCUGUCCUCUUUAGAGACCUCCACUGUGUGGUUUAAGAAAGGGCUUGAGGUUGGAAGAGGACACAUAAUGCAGCUGCAGGACGCCACGUUUGACACAGCUGGACGGUACGACUGUGAGGUCACUGUACCGUCUCUUCCAGGCCUGCUGACCAGCGGCUCGGUCCAUAUCAUUGUGCAGGGUGCUCCUCAGAUAAAGGAUGCGGAUAGGGACUUUGAGGUGAUGGAGAAGGUCGGGGCUUGGGUGAAUCUGACCUGUGAGGUGCGAGGUUACCCCCGUCCCGCCAUUACCUGGAGCAUCACCGGCAGUCAGUCUCAAAGCUGGAGAGAGAUUGAUAAAAAAGAGACGGAGGAUCGCAUUCACAGUGUUGUGACACUCAAAGUUACCACUGACACUGUCGCCAUCUGCAAUUCAACAAAUGACUUUGGAAUCGAGACUAAGAUUUACAACAUCAAGAGCAUUCCUUUCCUCCAGACUCCGACAGCUAGAAAAACUUCAGUGGAUAAUAGUGGAGUGAUUAUUGUGGUGAUUAUUGUGAGCAUCCUAUUGUUGGCUAUCCUGGGCAGUGUUUUCUACUUCCUGUAUAAAAAGGGCAAGUUGCUGUGUGGACGCUCAGGCAAGCAAGAAAUCAUUAAUGCCUACAGCACCAAAGAGAAGACUAACAAAGAUAACAUCGUCGUAGAGAUGAAGGCCAAAAAGACAGAGGAGUCUGUGCUAUUGAAGGGCGUCAAUGGAGAAAAGAAACCUCCCAAUGAUCAGAACAGCACCCUGAGUUCAUAAAUGGGGGUUUGUUGUGAAUAAAGAUGCCAUUUGUACCUCCCCGCUGGCCCAAAAAAUCAAGUCUUAAGAGCUGGAGGACGUCCUGUGGAGCAGCCAAAUCCUCUGGGUGAAGUGGACUGAACAUUUGUAUCUCGUGUGUGCGCAGCCGAAUUCAUGCUUGGAUAAAUGGGACGCAAGCGAGCCGAUCCAUAAAGGAAGAUUGUUCUCUAUUUUUUUCUACUGUUCCCCAAUGUUUUUCUUUAACCAUCGACUAGUUUAAAAAUAAUGGGCUUCAGUCGUGAUAUCAAGCUAACUGAAUUAGUGAGUAAAUUGGUCAUAGAAUCAUUCUUAAAUCUUGUCUAUGUACACUGAGUUGGAGACUGCAGGAUGAUACGCUUUUAUAGAAAGCCACCGGGUUAGUGAUUGCUAUCGACUGGCUAAAGCUGGACUACCAAAAGUAGUCUGGGACAUUAAACAUCAGGUAAAGACUCAUCUACUCACUAGUCUAAACAGACUUUAACGGUUUUAAAAUAAAGACUGAAACAGAAAUGCUGAAGUUAGGCCACUGUGAUGUAAUUUGUUUAUUUUAAAAGCCCUAUGAGGUCUUAGAUUAUAAUUAUUAUUAAUAUUUAGCUUUCUUGACUUAAUUAUUACAGUUUAAUUUUCUGUUGAUCUCAACAAAACAAUAACUGUUGUCUUAUUGCAACCGAUUUUAGUUUAGUCACAACCUUAAAAGUUUAGGUUUAGGGUCAUUUAACUUAAAAAAAAAUAACUUCAUUUUCUUGUGAUCUCAAGAUAAAAAUGGCUUUUUGUCAUCCCAACAUAAUUUUCACAUCAUAAUGUUCGUGGCUUAUCUGUCCAUCAAAUGUGUGUGAACGUGUUUAAAAUACCAAAAACAGCAGACUUUGGUGAAUUUUGUGGUAAAAUCAAACAAUAAUAAUUGUAAAAUAAAAAAUUCACUACAUUUUUAUU